UGUGAAGGCAAAGCAAGGUAUAAGUGCUGCUCCAACAAUAUACACCUGUGUGACAUAAUCUCGUUCGACAUAGGUUGUAUAGGACCUCCAUCGAAGGAGAAGCGUAUUACUUGAGGAUGGACUAUAAUUUCUAGCAACUGGAUAAGGGAUGCGAAUUUGGACAUAUUCACCCGGUCAUUCCAUGCUGCAGGACACUGUUCACUUUCGUUGCUGUGUUGCUGUUUCGCUGUUAUUUUUGUAUGACGUUUGCGUUUUGAUGGUCACCAAUGAUUCGUCCUUCCUGUACUUGCAAGAGUAGCCUGACCAAGCGCUGCCACCGCAUAUGCUUGCUGCUAGUUCAAUAUUCUCUGCCGAUUUGGGAACUACGAAAGCAUCGGUCUAUCAACGGAAAGAGGACUUUGAUUAUCUUUCCCCCUGCAUAGGAGUGGGACUUAUCGAAGCGCAUCCAAACGCGCACUUGUCUACAUCCAAAUAAUUGGCACACAGGACAGGCAGACCUCGCGCAUCCCACCCACACACACACACACACACACACACACACACACACACACACACACACACACACACACACACACACACACACACACAUACACAUACACAUACACAGCUGUAAAUGUCAUGGGUUGAUCUGCUUAUUGUAAAAAAAAAAACUACAAAACAUAAAAUGAACGAAAAAGUGUAUUAUUAUUAUUGUUUAUUUUAAUCAUUACUUUAUUUUUCCAAAAUCGAAAUUGAGGUCUUGUAGAAAAUAUAUCAUCCCCACCUGGACAACAUCAUUUUGGGGAUCGAAGGCAUACAACCCUUAAAAACCAUUGCUCAAUUACAACCAAAACAUGAGAGAAAUUCGCCUCAGUAGAUCUUCUGUAGGUUACCAAGGAAACGGCCGCGGGAUUAGGGGCGAGGGCACCGGUGCGAGGGGACAGGGAGAGGCCGGGGAAGAGGAGCUCUCUGCGCAACUGCCUGCCGCGGAACAGCCGCUGCCGGUGCUGGAGAGCUUGGCUGGGGGGAGGUGGUGGAAGAAUGAACCAUACAUCCGUGAGGAAUUAUAACAGUCGCUGACUUUGGAGACAUAGCCUAUUUCUAAUUCUUCAUAUUUUUGCAUAUGGAUAUACUACUGUAAGAGACGUCUACAAAUUCAAUCAAGUAUAGCCUAGGAUAGCUUAUAUUUUGGUGUUUAUUUAUGUAUGGGGGAAGAGUAGCCUACAAAAUCAUCCUUCUCUGUAAGCUUCCAUGUGACACUUUAAGGUCGUGAUAAAUACAUUUAUCAGCACUUCUCUAAAUUAUAUAGCUUGAAGUUAAGACACCUUAUGAGAAGACUACUGCCUCCCUUCCUUGACCCAUACACAAAUGCCAUGAGUAAGGCUAUUCAUUUUCCCUCUCCUAAAUUGCACUUAUAAAACCUCUCAUAUUUCUUUCACUGAGUUAGAAUAUAUUUGUUUCAUGAAUGAAACGUUAAGUUGAUCUAGAGAUUCCUAUUUCAAGAUGCCUGGAUAGUAAAGUCUGGUAAAUCAAAUAAUUGAUAUGUGUAUUUAUGUGUUGAAUAUUUAAAGUGUGGACAAAGUUGUUGAUAGUUAUUUGGCUGUAUUCGUUAUUUGGCUGUAUAUUCGUUUUUGAUUAGAAUAUAUUCUACCCUCUUUGCUUGCAGGUGUUAUUUCAAUCGGAUUCUUUGCUUGAGAAUUGACCUCAAGCACUGCCUGAGCAAUAUAUCUGUAUGGCCAACUCAUAGUCUUAAACCUGCAGAUGCUGAACUCAAUGGGUGAGGCACUCACUUGCUUGACAGCAACCCAGACGAAUGCACUUAGGCUAUCAGGCAAAUGCCAUGACACACAUUCACAAUCGCGUCCAGUGUCAGCAGACAUUGAUGCCAAUGUAUUUAAUUAUUUAUAGACACUAAUGUCAAGCCAUGGUGGAGGAGCAUUGAUUUACAGCAAGUUUGGGCCCAAAGGAAUGUGACAGUGACAACAAUAUCAAACAGACACUAAAACAGUGGAAAACUAUGGUAACUCAAGACGAAGUUGGAUUUCUAAAGUUAUUUGCUUCGAAUUGCCUCCACUUUUUUAUCGUGGGCUGAAUACACUUGGACAUCUGAAGAUACUUUAGAGGUCUGGGAUCAAAGCACAACACCUCUCGUCUUUCUUAGGUAGGAACCAACGCCGGCAUCUUUCUUAGAGAACGCUCGCGCCCGGCGGAAGAGCAUAGCCAACGUGAAGCAGCCAAGCAUGGAGAUCCCUCCCACUGCCCCCCCCCAACCCUUCCGACAAUCCAGUUUCCUCAGUAGAAGGUUGAAGGGCUCUAUCAAGAGGGCUAAGAGUCAGCCCAAACUGGACCGCACCAGCAGCUUCCGCCACAUGAUCCUCCCCCGCUUCCGUAGUGCCGACCAGGACAGAACGCGCCUGAUGCAGAGCUUCAAAGAGUCCCACUCCCAUGAGUCCUUGCUGUCUCCCAGCAGCGCGGCCGAGGCGCUGGACCUCACCCUGGACGAGGACGCCAUCAUCAAGCCUGUCCACUCCAGCAUCCUGGGACAGGAGUACUGCUUCGAGGUGACUACGGCUUCGGGAACCAAGUGCUUUGCAUGUCGCUCGGGUGCAGAGAGAGACAAAUGGAUCGAGAAUCUUCAGAGAGCUGUCAAACCCAACAAGGACAACAGUCGGAGGGUGGACAACGUGCUGAAACUCUGGAUCAUCGAGGCGCGGGAGCUUCCGGCCAAGAAGCGUUACUACUGCGAACUUUGUCUGGACGACAUGCUUUACGCACGCACCACCAGCAAGCCCCGGACUGACACCGUGUUCUGGGGCGAGCACUUUGAGUUCAACAACUUGCCAGCCGUCCGCAACCUACGCCUUCAUCUCUACAAGGAGACUGACAAGAAGAGACGCAAGGAAAAGAGCACAUACCUGGGACUGGUCAGUAUCCCUAUCUCCAGCAUCACGGGCCGACAGUUUGUGGAGCAGUGGUACCCCGUCAUCCAGCCUAGCGUCCUGGCCAAGGGGCAAGCAGGGGGCAAGAUCAUCAAUGCCUCCCUACGCCUCAAGUCCCGCUACCAGACCAUGAGCAUCCUGCCCAUGGAGCUGUACAAGGAGUUUGCGGAGUAUGUCACCAAUAACUACCGGACUCUGUGUGCGGUGCUGGAGCCUCUACUGAGCGUGAAGAGUAAAGAGGAGGUGGCCUGUGCGCUGGUCCACAUACUACAGAGCACGGGGAAAGCAAAGGAUUUUCUUUCGGACAUGGCGAUGUGUGAGGUAGAUAGAUUCAUUGACCGAGAACACCUUAUCUUCAGAGAGAACACUCUGGCCACCAAAGCCAUAGAAGAGUACCUCAAGCUGAUUGGACAUAAGUACCUCAAGGAUGCAAUAGGGGAGUUCAUAAGGGCACUGUACGAAUCGGAGGAGAACUGCGAGGUGGACCCCAUGAGGACACCACCCUCUGUCCUUCCAGAUCACCAAGCCAAUCUCCGCAUGUGCUGCGAACUGGCACUCUGCAAAAUCGUCAACUCCCAUUGUGUGUUCCCUCGAGAGCUGAAGGAGGUGUUUGCCUCGUGGAGGGUGCGCUGUGCGGAGAGGGGGAGGGAGGACAUCGCAGACCGCCUAAUCAGCGGCUCCCUUUUCCUGCGCUUCCUGUGUCCGGCCGUCAUGUCCCCCUCCCUGUUCAACCUGACCCAGGAGUACCCAGACGAGCAGACGUCACGCACGCUCACCCUCAUCUCCAAAGUGGUGCAGAACCUGGCCAACUUCUCCAAGUUUGGCAUGAAAGAGGAGUACAUGUGCUUCAUGAAUGAGUUCUUAGAGAUGGAGUGGGGCUCCAUGCAGCAGUUCCUCUAUGAGAUCUCCAAUCUGGACAGUGUGAGCAACGCAGGGGGCUUCGAGGGCUACAUCGACCUGGGCAGGGAGCUGUCCAUACUGCACAGCCUCCUCUGGGAGGUCAUGGCCCAGCUCAGCAAGUCUUCUAACCCUAACCCACAGGAUGCCAUUAUCAAACUGGGUCCCUUGCCCCGCCUCUUGAAUGACAUCAGCAUGGCCCUGCGUAACCCCCACCUGCAGAGGCAGCCCAGCCACCAGAACCAGACAGAUAGAGUCCAUGAGAGACAGACGGAGAGGCUGCUCUCACGACCCAGCUUCAACAGAGGAGUCUCCUCGGAGUUCCAGAAUCUCAUGAUGAAGGAUCUCAACAGCUCCAUAGAUAUCACUCGCUUGCCUUCCCCUACCUCUGGUGUGUCCAGUGGGGGGAUCAUGCCAUCUCGUGCUCAUGCUCAGCUGAGUUUCCAAGAGCGCGAUCACCCACAUCGAGCCUCCAAAGACGUUUUCUAUGUAACCCGCCCUCCCUUGGCCCGAUCCAGCCCUGCCUACUGCACCAGUAGCUCCGAUAUCACCGAGCCAGACCACAAGUCGGUGGCCAUGCUCAACUCCUCCCAGGCCUCCAUCACCGGCAUGGGCAGCUUCGGAGGGCUCAGCAGCCAGGGUGGCGGAGGCCUGGGCUUGGGCCUGAGCGGCCAGCUCCGGGCCGGGGGCCGCCUCUCGGCCGGCUCGGGGGGAUCCAGCAUGUCAGGGGGCCUCCGGCUGAGCCAGUUGAGCCAGAUGGGUACCACCACCGACUCGCUGUCCCAGCAGCAGCAGCAGCAGGCCGCCGCCCUGAGAUACCCGCUCUCCUUCCAGAACCCCCUGUUUCAUCUGGCCACCGGCACCGCAGAUGGACCCCACCUCCACCACCAGCACAGCAGGGCCCAUCUCCCGCCGCCCCUGCUCCUGGCCCCGGAGCCUGACCCCGGUGGCUCACACCAGGCCUACAUCCCCCAGUUCGCCCACGGGGGGUUCUCCCGCAGCGAGGACCUGUCCACCCUGAGGACCGGGGCAGGGCACCUGGGGCAGCCAGCCAUUAUCCACUCACACAGCUAUAGCGACGACUACAGCAGGGCUGAUUACGCACGGCGGCAACUGUCCAUGCACGGGCAGGAUAAUCUUCAACAGCAACAGCAGAUGGGCAUGGCCUCUCAGACUGGCACAUCCCACUCCUCCCUGGCCACACCCCCCUCCACAGUCCAGCCCGCGCGCCAGAGCUCCAUCGCCCCGCCUCCCGCCCAACGCGUCAAAUCACAGACCUCCCAUCAGCUGUCCGUCAGUGCGGCUGCUGCUCCCACACCAUCCGCUAAGACGCGACCGCCCAGUGCCAACCUAUCGCCAGAGUCGAACUACGGAGGUCGGCAACAGGCACCACGGCAACAGCUGUCGGUCAAAGAUAACACAGCCCCUGGACUGCCCCACCAGCAGAGCUCUGUCAGGGAGAGCCAGGGCCCCCAGGGGCCACAGGGGGGCACUACAACAACCAUACAGCAAUCACAGCAGCAGCAACAACAACAACAACCACAGCAACAGCACCUGCUCAAACCUUCCAUCAGCAAACAGGGUUCCGGCCAGUCGCCCUCGACCCUUAACCCCCCGACCCCGGCCAAUGAGAGAACAGUCGCCUGGGUCUCCAACAUGCCUCACCUCUCCGCUGACAUUACUCUGGAGGCGAACCGCAUCGACCGCGAGGAGUUCAAGCUGAAGGAGUACUCCAAAAGCAUGGAUGAGUCUCGCUUAGACAGGGUAAAGGAAUACGAGGAGGAAAUCCACUCCCUAAAGGAGCGACUGAUCAUGUCCCACAGGAAGCUGGAGGAAUAUGAGAAGAGGCUCCUUUCCCAGGAGCAGCAGACCAGUAAGAUCCUCUCACAAUACCAGAGUCGCCUGGAGGACAGCGAGAGGAGGCUACGGCAACAGCAAGUGGAGAAAGACUCCCAAAUUAAAGGAAUAAUCAACAGACUCAUGGCUGUGGAGGAUGAGAUAAGGGGAGGAGCCGUCGUUGAGCCGCCGAAAGCUAACGUUAGGGUCUUCGCCGAUCAGGGGGCCCAGCAUUCCUCCCUGGGUUCAGCAGACCCCUGUGUGAAUACUGAAGGUGGAAGAGGAGGAGGAGGAGGAGAAGAAGGAGGAGAAAAAGACGGAGGGAUGACAACUGAUCCUGACCCUACUAUCUCUUCCUCGGGCAUCUCCUCCACCGGCUUGCCCCGGAAUGAGAAUGGAGUCCCCUCCCCACCCGUAGACCCUCCUCCUCCCACCACUCCUCAUCUCCACCCCAGUCCACCCCAGAAUGGAGAGCUCUGUGGCAACCCAACAUCCUGCCCAGUGACAAGCACGGAGGCAAAUGAAAGCACUGCAACAGCAGGACUGGGCAUAGAGGAGAGGGAGCAGGUCAAAAUCAACACUAAACCAAAUCAGAGAGAGAAGACACAAAUAAAGAAAUCUUGCCACAUUUCCUUCCUUUUUUGAGGAGGAUGAGAUGACUGCAAUCUUUCCCAUUUCUUUUAUGUGUACUCAAACCAGAGAGAGAAGACAUUUUUGGGGGGGCAUUGUACAUUUAACUGUACAGUACGUUCAGCAUUAUCACACAAGACAACAAAAGGGCUUUCCAAUGGACCUCAUUUUCGGCAUGCUCAAACUGGGCUUUGGUCAGUAUCUGUCUUGCAGGACAAGAUAAUGAUACCUUUUAAUUAUCUUUGACAUUGUGGGAUCCUCAUGUACUGUUUCAAUCGAUCAAACUAUAGAGCCUAUCAUACACUGGUAUAGGCCUAAUCACCAAACCAAUCGACUAUGUGAGAUUUUGAUUUGUGUGUUUGUUUAAUCAUAUAAAGACAGUAAGCAAACACUAUAUAACGUCUCACUCCCCAAAGACUUCUCAGUAGCCAACAGCUUCCUGCUAUAUACAUGCGUGUGGUAUCCCAUAAUUCCAUCGAUAAAGGUUGAGUCAUUUCCUGUCCUGAAAACUCCAGCUCUCAAAUUUCAUUGGUAGAGAUGUGGUCAUCUGGCUUUUUAGUUUGGUUUCCUUAGUGCCUUUGAGUGUAUUUUCACAGGGUUUUCAAAUAACAGGCGGAGAUGAUAUUGACAGAAGGAUUAUAUUAACUAAUGAUGGUACAUAAACAGUCUAAUCAAGAUCCAAAAAUAACUAUGCUGUUUGAAAUGCAGACUAACUAUAGAGUCCAGAACAAGCAGAAUACAGUUUCAUUUUUGGUAUUUCACAGACAUGGCCUAUGGCCUAAGGAAAGUGUGUGCUGUUUUCAAAAAUGUGUAAAUUAAGGGACUUCCCAUUUGUGGACUGGACUCGUGCAAUGUUUUCUCUUCUCAAUCUCAGAACCUAUGUGUGAUCAACUGGUGCUACAGACACAAACAGUGCCAUUUCCAAAUCAAGUGUGUGUGUCAUAGCACUGCCUCUCAUGUUUCCCACUGUCUGUAUGUCUGUCUCUCUCACUCUGUCUGUUAUUGUGGUAGCCUAUUUCUUUUAUGUAUUUGUCUAUGUUUGUUUGUUAUGUGUGUGUGUCGUGUCCCUAUGUGUGCAAUUGUUUAAUGGAGUGGGAGCUGGGUCAAGUAGGGUGCUUAAACCAAAUGAGACAAUAACAAAGUUGUCAGGUAAAAAGUUUACCAGCUAUUUUAAGUGGUUGAAAAUAUAAAAGGGAUACUAUUUUUUGACCUUCAGUGUCCAGGUACAUGACGUAGUCACUUGUAACACCUGGUACACUAACAACAUUUUUGUCAUGGCUUUUUCUGUUUAGUACCACGUAAACUAUUUAUUUUAUUCUUAUUUGGGGGUAGCCAGUUAAGUGCCUGGGUCUCAGAUAAUGACAUUCUGGCCAGUAGUCAAACAGUGCUCAGCCAAAUUUGUAUGUGGCAUAGACUUUCUUUAUGUCGUUUCGAGGGACUAUUUUAAGUUAACGUACCAUUCAACUGAGCAUGAUGAAUGGUAAUGUAACAAAAUGUUGACGAAACAAAGAAAUUGUUUGGGACAUCGUUAGUAAAGAGUAUUUCAAAUCUAAAACAUGUUACACAGUGCACUAAAAGGAAUUCAUUGCUUUGUGUCAACUGUUCAGAUAUCACCUGUCAUUGAAUACUGUUAUAUUGUGUUGUCAUGUCCUCUUGUUUUGUGUAUAACCUGUCCAUUGUAAUCUUUGUUUAGAUGUGAAUUUGGGUUUAUUUUGGCCCUUUUAGAUUCACACUGGUGGUGCUUUAUAACUAGUUGGAUAACUUUCCAUACUCUGGCUUAGGGUCUCAAGUGAAUCAACAUGCUUCAGACAGUCCUGGUUUUUCAGAACCCAACAUCAGUCUUAUUUAACUUUUUUAUUUGAUUAAGAGUCAAUUUACUAAUGGCCAAAUCCUAACUUGAUUUAUGUUUUUGCAGUUUUCCCAUUGGCAUCAUGCUUUAUGAGUAAGUCUGAGUUUAACAUGCAGAUCUCAAGUUAGGAUUCGGCACUUAGCGUAUAGAGUCAAAAUGCCUCCGCCAAUGCUGUGUCGGCCAGUACUAGGGGAGUGGGUAAGAUUCAGAGAUAUGAGAGAGAUUUAGCUAUGAGUGUUGAUUUAAAAGAUAACCAAAUGUGAUUAUUAAUAGGGAGAGUUUGAUGUAGUGUUUAGUCGGCUAAUAGGGCUACCUUUCGAGUGCUGAAACAUUCAUAUCAGUAAUAAAAUGGCUUUUAAAGCAGCUAGGGUUUUACAUCUGCAUUGAGUAAAGAUAUGGGACUAUACAGGGUCACUGGUUGAUAUAUGAGCAUUGCCAUAAAUAUACCUCAGAGACACAGAAUUGAGAGACUCAGGUAAACAAGUAAUUGCCUCAGAGCUGAACACAAACUGACAAAGAGAUUAAUCCAACUUUGGAGUGUCUGCCAUCAGAUACAGUGGUUGGUCCAUCUAUUACAAGAUCUAUCCCACUGGGCAAAAACUGGUUGAAUCAAUGUUGUUUCCACAUCAUUCAAAAAAAAGGCUAAAUGUGAUGACGUUAUGGAAUUUCAUUAGGGACGUUAGGGAAUUUAGUCAUUUUUUCACCCAACUUUAAACCUAAAUGACCAAUGACAUGGUGACAUUUUGUUGAUUUCCCUUUAAAUUCACUUUAGUUGACAACUCCACCAAAUGUAAAUAAAAACUAGAUGUCGAAAUGACGUCUGUGCCCAGUGGGAUGGCUAUGAUUGGAUAGCAACUCAUCAAGCACGUCCCCGUUCCUUCUCUCUCUGUCUCCCUUUUCUCCCCAUAGCCAGUCACGCAGCUUCGUGGAGGACAAUCUGGAACCUAAUUGGCUGAGGCAACACGGGCAGCCCGCAUGGCCUGGCCAUAUAUCAAG